AUGGCAGUAAAUAUGGAUGUUUUUUUACCACUUCUUGUCAUUAUAAUUAUAGUUUCAUCAGGGGCAAGACAGACUGAGGGUGCAAGAACUUUCACGCUCAUAAACGAAUGUAAAGAAACAAUCUGGCCUGGAAUCACCCCAGGUGACAACUUCAAUGGCGGAGGAUUUGCCUUAAAGUCAGGCCAAUCAAUCGUCCUCAAAGCCCCAUUGGGGUGGAGUGGGCGAAUAUGGGGUCGAACAGGCUGCAAAUUUGACAAUAACGGCAAUGGCACAUGCCAGACAGGGUCGUGUGGGACGACCCUCCAAUGCAAAGCCUCUGGUGCAACCCCAACAACGCUAGCUGAGUUCACUCUCUCGGAGGAAGAUUUUUACGACGUUAGCCUCGUCGACGGCUUCAACUUGCCCAUCUCCGUCACCCCAAUAAACGGUAAGGGUUAUUGUAGAGUUGCUGGGUGCGAUGGGGACUUGAGGGCCUCUUGCCCCUCCGAGCUUGCGGUGAAAUCCAAUGGUAAAGUUGUGGGCUGCCGAAGUGCAUGCGAUGAGUUCAACAUGGAUGAGUAUUGUUGCAGGGGCAUUUAUGGAAAUCCAAAAAUUUGUCAACCUACUUACUACUCCAAAAAGUUUAAAGAAGCCUGUCCAACUGCAUAUAGCUACGCUUACGAUGACCCUACUAGUAUUUUUACUUGCUCUGGAACUGAUUAUGUUAUCAUCUUUUGUGGAUACAGGAAGAAGCCAGUGUGCACGUAUCAUAAUCACAAGCUCCUGUGUAGUGAGUCAAACAGACAAGGCUUCAACUCUGUGAUUGGUAAACGUUGGCACGUGAUGCUUUCUAUAUUAUUGAUGGUCACCUUGUGGAUUUUUUUUAAGAAUUAAUUUAUUUAUUGUAAAUAUGAAU